UCCUGCUUCCAACCGGAAAGGGGUAGUCAAUGGAAGCUGGAUCUCACAUGACACGUGGCGCAAUGGGUUCAAUGGUGCAGUGGGACAAUCCUGUGUUCGCGAGGUUGCUCGACGGUGUCCCGAAUUUGUCAGCUCGCUCAAUCCUGUGCAAGUUAAUGCUGCGAAGAUUACCCAUCUCUCCCGACGCAGCGAUCGAGCUCGUGAGAUGGCGACUCCUACUCGGAUGGAUGCAGGGUUUGGAUUUGGAGACAUGAAGAAGGCUGCAAAAUCCCGAGGGUUUGACUUGGAGAGCGAGGAGGAGAGGGAGCUGCGCGUUCGAAAGUUGUUCAAUUCAUUAGAUAGCAGGAAGUGCGGGUAUCUAGAAAGCAAGCAGAUAGAAUCUGGGCUGCAGUCUUUGUCCUUUCCGUUCCAGCGGAAGUAUGCGUUGGAGUUGCUUGAAGCGUGCGAUUCUAAUCACGAUGGACACAUAGAUUUUGCGGAGUUUCAGCGGUACAUGAAUGAUAAGGAGGUUGAGCUGUUUAAACUUUUUCAGGCUAUUGAUGUAUCGCAUGAUGGGGCACUCCAACCCGAGGAGCUGCAGUUGGCUCUUCGAAAUUCAGGGGUUCAAUUGGAAGAUCACGAGCUAGAUGCAUUCGUCCAAUACAUCGACCGGGAUAAGAACGGGAAGAUCACAUUUAAUGAGUGGCGGGAUUUUUUAUUGCUGUACCCGCGUGAGACGACAUUGCCUAACAUCUACCAAUACUGGGAAAAAAUUUGCUUAGUGGAUAUUGGAGAGCAAGCCGUCAUCCCGGAGGGCAUUGGCGAGCAUCAUAGGCUGCGGUACCUGGCGGCGGGUGCUAUGGCGGGUGCAGUUAGUCGCACAGCAACAGCUCCUCUAGAUCGGUUGAAGGUGCUGCUGGCGAUUCAAACCCACAGCAGCACCUCGAGUAUCAUGAAUGGAUUAGUGCAAAUACAUAAACACAAUGGUGCAAUUGGUUUCUUCCGUGGCAAUGCACUCAACGUUUUUAAAGUGGCCCCAGAGUCUGCAAUAAAAUUUUAUGCUUAUGAAAUCAUGAAACGUGUAGUUGUUGGUGAUGGAAAGGAUGGAGAGAUUGGAACUUUGGGUCGGUUAGUUUCGGGGGGUACUGCAGGUGCAAUUGCGCAAACGAUCAUCUACCCUGUUGACUUGUUGAAGACGCGUCUGCAGUGUCACAAUGAGCCUGGAAGAGCGCCACAGUUAGUGAAGUUUACGCGUGACAUUCUGGUUCAAGAAGGUCCUAGAGCUUUUUACAGGGGCCUUUUACCAUCUCUUCUGGGUAUAAUCCCUUACGCUGGCAUCGACUUGGCCACUUACGAAACUCUAAAACUUAAGUCCCGACAUCUCCUCCCACCGGAAACCGAACCAGGACCGAUUUUACACCUAUGUUGUGGCACUUUUUCUGGAGCUUUGGGAGCUACGUGCGUAUAUCCUCUACAACUUAUUCGUACCAGAUUGCAGGCACAAACUCUCAAGUCAGCUGUGAGGUAUACAGGUAUGGCGGAUGCUUUUCGACGUACUUAUCGAAAUGAAGGCAUACGUGGUUUCUACAAGGGUUGGUUGCCGAACAUGCUGAAAGCGGUGCCGUCUGCCAGUAUCACCUAUCUUGUGUACGAAGACAUGAAGAUCCGCUUGUCAAUUAAGUAGUUGCGUGAUCAUUCGCCGCAUGUUUCAUGUCGUAGACUAUUUAUGUGCUCGACUUCCUUUGUUUCAGCUGUACAUGGCUUUUGGUAUCAUCUCCAAUGCAUCCUUUCCUACUUCAUUUUAAUCAGGUGGACGAUGGUCCAUUUUCAUCACUGCAGUACACGCUCAUGCACAUAGUAGUCCUGUAAUUGUGUCAGUAGGUGCUUAGCUUUGUAUUAUAUGACAUUCCUCCAACUUCGUGUCCUCCUUUUCUGUCUACUCAGACUGUAUACUCAGAUUCUUCUAUUCAAAUUGUAGCGUUUACAGCACCAA